AUGGACAAAAGGGCAGGGGAAGGCUCAACAAAAGACAAUCACUCCUAUCCCCAACAACACCAACAACCAUCCAUGUAUACACAGUUACAACAGAACUACAGCUCCAUUGGAUCUACACAAGGGACACGAGCACCAUCAUCCUAUUAUUCAUCCAAUGGAACAAGUCCACCUCCAAAACAAGACGGUAUUCAAUGGGCACGGGCUUUGUAUGAUUAUCAAUCAACGGAUGGUUGUUUGACAUUCUUACGCGGAAAUUGGUUAGCGAUUGUACGUAUAGAAAGUGAUUCUUGGUGUUUGGCUUAUUUAUGGGAUGAAACUACUGAAUCUUUAUCAACAACUUGUGGUUAUGCAUCUCACCGUAAACUCUGGUCUUCACAAGAUGAAAAAAGACUCCAAGACAUGGCAUUGCAAGGAUGGACCUAUGAACUCAUAUCUGUAGAGUUGGGUCGUACACCAGGUGCCUGCAAAUCGCGUUUGACUAUGCUCAAAAAUAAAAAUAAGUUUCAGCUACAAGAACAACAGAAAGAACAACAGGAGGUGCAGCAACAGGGACAACAACAGGAAGAACAAAAACUGGAACAACGACAAGAACAACGACAUGAACAGCAGGAAGAGCAGCAGGAACAACGACAUGAACAACAACGACACACAAGAACAACAGGAACAACAGGAACAGCGGCAAGAACAACAGCAAAACAGCAAACAACACAACAACAGCAGGAACAACAACAACAACAACAACGAAAAAAGGAACAACUAACACGGCAAGACAACAACAGCAACAACAACAGGAAUACAAAGGAACAACAAUCAAAGAAGACAGGGAAAUCAAGUGGACCAUGGUCGAAUGAAGAUGAACUAUUACUGGUUCAGCUACGCCAUCAAGGUCCCCUUCAAUAUAUUGUCGAUGACUGUCUGUGCAACAUUGGUAGACCUUUUGGACCAGCAACCAUAUAUGGUGUGGUAGAAAGGAUGGCUGGAGAUAUGGAAAAGUUACGAAUCAAGACAUUGGACAAAGAUGAUCCCUAA